CUGACGCAAGCGCAGUGGUGAUCGCGACGAGGUUAUGAACACACGUGUGCUCAUAAAACAACGAUAAAUAUCAUAUAAACAGUGUAUCGAUAACAGAAAAUCGAUUCUCGAUAUGAAUUCGACACCAGUGAACCUGCAGGAGUUAAAACCUGAAGAAUUUAAAUCGUUUCUCGAUUCAUUCGAUUACGUUUUUUCGGAUUGUGAUGGUGUAAUAUGGGCCAAAACUGCAUUACCUGGCGUUGGAAAGUUCUUCAGUUUGAUGAAGAAACAUGGGAAGAAAAUACAUUUCGUUUCAAACAACAGCCUUAGAAGUAGAGAAAACUAUGAAAGGCGGUUUAAAGACGCGGAAAUUGAAAAUGGUUGUGAGAACCUCACAGUACCUGCAAUCGCGAUCGCCGAAUACCUGAAGUCAGUCAACUUUGACAAGAAGGUUUACAGCAUCAGCUGCCCAGAGACAAACAAUGUGUUGAAGUCCUAUGGAUUUGAAAUCAAAGAAGGGCCCGAUGUCGGAACAGACUACUAUGAAGAUUACGUCCUCUACUCCAAUGAUGACCCAGAAAUCGGAGCUGUAGUGAUGGACUGUGACUUCAAAGUGAACCUGCCCAAAUUGAACAAAGCCAGCGCUUACCUGACCAGACCCGAAGUGCUGUUCCUGUGCGGUGCUACUGACAAAUACGUGUAUUACAGACCAGGAUUCCGAACAUUAGCCACGGGAGCAUUCACAGACUUAGUAGCUGAAGAAACCAAUCGUACACCAGUUACACUGGGCAAGCCUGGCAAAGCGUUCGGAGAGUUCGCGAUGAAGAGAGCUGGAGUGUCAGACCCCAGUCGCGUGUUGUUUAUCGGAGACAUGAUCGAGCAAGAUGUGGGUCUUGGAAGAGCAACUGGUUUCAAAACUUUACUGGUUUUAAAUAACCUUACCGUCGAUAUAAUGAUGGAUCAUAAAACCAUCAGACCAGACUUCUACGCCCAAUCUCUUGGUAGUCUAGUGCCUCAAUUAGAACAAUAUUUUAAUAAAUUAUAAAUAAAUAAAUAAUAGAUCAGCGUCGCCAUUCAAUGUUUAAGGAAUUUUGCAUCUUUUAUUUUUAAUCUUGAUUUUAGAUGAUUUUUUUAUAUCAUACUGUGUUGUUAUCUUCCAUAUUUAAUUCUGAAAUGGGAUUUGGAUAAAAUAUAAUUGAAUUUUCCAAUUUUGAAAUGUUUAGUAGUAGUGAAAAGUCUAGUUACAAAUUCAGAGUCCAUGACACAUUAGUGAUACCAUGGCCUCCCAUUAUUUAUAGUUACUGUAAGAACAAGAUUUAUUUUAGACAAAGAUUUGACAUAAAGGUGCAAAUAUUCGUAAUAUUUUCAUAAAAAUGUCUAGUUAGAUCGAUACCUUAUAGCAUAGCAGGCAUAGCCGUAGUACACAGUAUAGUUCAAAAUAAUUAAUUUAGAAAGUACAGUUUUUUUAUUUAGUGUAUAGGUACAAAGUUUUAUGCAAAUUGCAAAUCAUAUUCCAUUUAUAAUUAUAGUAGUUAGAUUACAACAUUAUUGUACUUACUUACAUAUUUAAUAUGUGAUAUAGUUUUAUUUUAUUCAUAAAUGUUAAACCAUUUCAUAAAAAAUAUGAAAAAAAAAAGUGAUGGGCUUACUAGAUGAAAAUUGUCAUUCAUUCACAAUUAAUAUGAGCACAAUGGUUAAGUAAGUAAUAUCAUAAAGCCCAUACAAAUAUUAUUAAAAAUUUUAUCAAAAUUGCUUUAGCUAUUUAGGCGUUUUGUGAUUAUAACCAUACAUAAAGAUAAAUAGUUGAACUUGUGUAAUGUGUGUGAUUAUGUCAGACUGAAUAAACUUCAUGAAAUGCCUUCAAAGAGAUGUACUUAUAUUUUAUUAAAUUAAAAAUAUUAUUAUUUA